AUGCCUCUUUUUACUGCUACUCCCCUUUUUAAUGCUACUCCCCCUUUUACUGUUACCCUUCUUUUUACUGCUAAUCCUCGUUUUUACUGCUACUCCACUUUUUUAUUGUUACUCAUCUUUUUACUGUUACUCCUCUUUUUACUGCUAUUCCGUUUUUACUGCUACUCCCCUUUUUACUGCUACCCCCUAUUACUGCUACCCUUGUUUUUACUGCUAAUCCUCGUUUUUACUGCUACUCCCCUUUUUACUGCUACUCCCCCUAUUACUGUUACCCAUAUUUUUACUGCUAAUCCUCGUUUUACUGCUAAUCCCCUUUUUUACGUUUACUCAUCUUUUUACUGUUACUCUUCUUUUUACGGCUACUCCCCUUUUUUACUGUUACUCAUUUUUUUACUGUUACUCCUCUUUUUACUGCUUCUUUUUUUCCUGCUUUUCUUCUUUUUCUUGCUUCCUGUCUUUUCCAGUCCCUCUGCCUUUCUUGAUUUUUUUAUUAUUACUCCCCUUUAUUCUGAUCCCCUCUCUUUCUCUUCUUAUUCUUCUUUUUAUUGCUAUCUUGCUCUUUUCCUGAUAUCCAUUUUUUCAAUCCCCAUUAUCUUCUUGCUUUUCACCCCCCUCUUUUUAUUGCUGCCCUUCUUUUUUACUCCUCCUUCUCCUCUCCCCCACCGCUCUUUUUCAUUUUCAUGCCCACCUCUUUUUACUGCUAUUUCAAGCUUUAGCUGCUGCCUAUUAUCUUUUCCCAGUAUUUUUCCUGUUUCCUGUUUUUCCUCACUCCUCUUUUUUGCUCCUCUUCUUUGUCUUGCUCCCCUUCUUUUUCAUUGCUACUUCUAUCUUUUCUUGCUACCCAUCUUUUUUCCUGUUUCCUGCUUUUUCCACUCCUCUUUUGUUGUUCUAUUCUUUGUCUUGCUCUCCUGCUUUUUCUUCCUCCCCUUCCUUGUCUUGCUCCCCUUCCUUUUCUUUCUCCCCUUCUUUUUCUCCCUCCCCUUCUUUGCCUUGCUCCCCUUCCUUUUCUUUCUCCCCUUCUUUGUCUUGCUCUCCUGCUUUUUCUUGCUCUCCUGCUUUUUCUCCCUCCCCUUCUUUGUCUUGCUCCCCUUCCUUUUCUUUCUCCUCUUCUUUGUCUUGCUCUCCUGCUUUUUCUUUCUCUCCUGCUUUUCUCCCUCCCUUCUUUGUCUUGCUCCCCUUCCUUUUCUUUCUCCCCUUCUUUGUCUUGCUCUCCUGCUUUUCUUUUUCUCCUGCUUUUUCUUCCUCCCUUCUUUGUCUUGCUCCUUCCCCUUUCUUUUUUUCUCCCCUUCUUCUUCAUUGCUACUUCUAUCUUUUCCUGCAAUCCAUCUUUUUUGCUGCCCCCCUUUCCACUCCUCUUUUAUUUUGUCGCCUUCUUUGUCUUGCUCUCCUGCUUUUUCCCCUUCUUUUUCCCUUUUCUCAUACACUAUUUUUCAUACAUUUCCUUGA